AUGACCAGAAACAACCUUAGCCGUUGUCUCGCAUGGCUUCUGCAGAACCCACACUCGUUUGGUUCUCUGACGCAUCUUUCCGUCGUUGCUGAUGCCGGCGUGGGCGAGGAUGAUGGUCCUGUCCUGGCAGAUGAUGAGAUGGCAAGACUGCAGCUGGCGCCCCAAAUCGCACCCAGAACAAAGCUAUUUUCUCAGCUGAACCAAAACAUCGGCCUGCCCACUCCUGACCCUUCUCGAGCCUCAGAAGCCCGCGAAGCUACGCCGAGGCGGGCCAGGCAGAAUCUCCCAGAUAUCUCUGCGCCACAACCCAGCCCGCGUCCACGAACUCCGGUGACGACCUUUGACGACAUUCAAUUUGACGACUCCCAUGAUAUACUGGACAUUGACGAGAUUGACCUCACCGGAGGAGACCUUACGACUUCAUCGUUCAGCGAAUUCGGCCCGCCGACCAGGCUAUGGAGAGAAGAGUCUGCGUCUCGGAUUGAACCGCUACCCAAAAAGAAAGGCAAGAAGAGAAAGAGCGAGGAAUUCGAGCAGGAUCUCUUCUCUCCAUCAUCGACUCGGAGUUUCAAGAAGCGUAUAGACAAAAGAGGGACCCCGGCAUCAUAUCCUUUCCACACCAGCCAACCCGAGCCCGUGGUGGAAGAUAACAAACGAAGUGUGGGCGCUCUGAGCCCGUCGAAGACUCGCUCGACAAAGAAAGCUUUGAAGGAUGAGGACACCCUUCCGGACAUUGACAUUGUGGCAAACCCGAUCUCCCCUCUGGCGGUGUACGGCACACCCAAAGUGCCUCGGACUCAACCAACCUCUCGGGCAAGUCGAACUCAGAAACUGCGGAACGUGGUUCUUGAUUCUGAUGAAGAAGACAACGACGACCUCGAUUCGAAGCCUAAGUUGGAAGUGCUGGAAAACACCAGUCUCGGUUCUGAGAGGAUCCGUUACCAUGAUAGUCGUGAUUCUCAGACACUGGCAAGGCCGUCGAAUGAUUCUCCUAUUUCAUUAGGGCAAGAGCCUGUUCGAGGCAUGUCUCUAUCGCCACGGGAAUCGCGUGCUGGCGAUCCCAGACCAACUCCAUCCGGCCAAUCCAGCUCCAGACGUGAAGAGGCGCUCCAGGGCAGUUGCUCGAGUGCCGACUCAGCAGGCCCUUUGUCCCAUCCCCAGAAACGUAUCGUAAGCAGCUUCGUUGUCAACGGACGCGAACAAUGCAAGGCGCUCUUGGAACGUCUUGAAAAAUCGAAGAAAACCGUAAACCGUGAAAUCAUGGAUGAGAUGUGCGAGUUCAAGGUCGCGUCUGACUUGUUGAAGGACAAGAAGAGGACUAUCGAAAGCAAGAUCACGGCAACCACGCAAUUGUUGGAAGAACAUUCGGCAAUAUCGAAACUUCGGGACCAGCGAAAGCGAAUGCUCGAGCGACGUGAUCAGUUGGCAGAAGCUGGUCACGAAGUCAAUCCUGAUGAUCCGGAGAAUGUGCUUGUAUUGCUCUGCAUGGAUAUUAAUCGCGUCAAGCACGAGAUCGAAGCUCGAGAAGUGAUGAUAUUCAAGCUGCUGCAACAAGCUGGCGUAUCCACAUCGAGUGGGUUUACAGAGCAAGCCCCUUCGCGAGCCAAUCUUUCACACACACUGCUCGAUGAGACGCCGGCUCAACAAGUAUUGGUGGCCUCAACACCCAAAGUGCCUCAACAAGUCUCUCCUAAUUCGAGGGACCUUGCGCACUUAUCAACACAAUCCAUUGUGCAGACACCAUUCGCAAAGCGGUCUGAUAUGAAUGGCAAUUUGGGAACUUUUAUACCGACCUUCUCACCAGGAUGUUCUCCCAGCCGACCCGCGCAGUCAGCGAUGCCACCGCCGAGUGCAAGAUUGUUCCAGCCAACACCCCAUAUAACGGAAUCUCCAAGCCGCAAUCGGACUGCGCUAUACAAUGACAAUACCGGCGACGAGAGAGGUUUCUCUCGCACCAUGGGAAGCCCGCAGGAUUUUUCGUUUGAGGAAGAUGAUUUUGAUGACGACGACAUGGACGAUGAAGAGAUGUAUAAAGCGGUCGAGGAAUUCGAGCAGAACAUGCCAGCCUUCAAAGCAACGACCCCUUACAGAGCCGAUCGAGCUGCUCUGUGUGAGGUUAGCGACAACGUACGCAGAGUAUCGCCCAAGAGGUCCGCUGUCUCCCAGAGUAGCUUUUCAAACUCAGCCUUGAUGCAACAUCCGUGGUCAAAGGAUGUUGCUUCAGCAUUGAAGAAACGAUUCCAUCUUCAUGGGUUUCGCCACAAUCAAUUGGAAGCCAUCAAUGCCACCUUGAGCGGCAAAGAUGCGUUUGUCCUGAUGCCUACUGGUGGUGGGAAAUCUCUCUGCUAUCAACUCCCGUCGAUCGUCCAUAGUGGCCAUACCCGCGGGGUGACUAUAGUCAUCUCGCCUUUGCUGAGCUUGAUGCAGGACCAAGUGGACCAUUUGAAGAAGUUGCACAUCCAAGCCUUCUUGUUCAAUGGCGAAACCACAGCGCAGCAGAAAGCCCAUAUAUUCCAGGCACUCAAGAACGCCACGCCACACGAGUUCAUUCAACUUUUGUAUGUGACACCGGAGAUGGUGAGCAAAAGUCAGGCCAUGAUGAACGCCUUCGAGGAUCUACACCGGCGGCGGCUACUCGCCCGUAUUGUGAUUGACGAGGCCCACUGUGUCAGUCAGUGGGGACACGACUUUCGACCAGACUACAAAGCGCUUGGGGAGUUCCGCAGUCGUUUCGAGGAUGUACCGAUCAUGGCUUUGACAGCAACAGCCACCGAAAAUGUUAAGUUUGACGUCAUGCAAUGUCUGAGCAUGGAAAACUGUGAGGUCUUCACCCAGAGCUUCAACCGGCCCAACCUCACCUACGAGGUCAGGCCGAAGGGCAAGGGGAAGGCUGUGCUUGAGGGCAUAGCAGAUCUCAUCAAUACAUCCUACCGCGGGCAAGCCGGCAUUGUUUAUUGUCUGUCACGGAAGAAUUGUGAACAGGUCGCUGAACAGCUCAGGAAGGAGUACAACAUCGAGGCGCACCAUUACCACGCCGGGCUACCCUCUAAGGAGAGAAUCGACAUCCAGAAACAGUGGCAAGCUGGAAACUUCAAAGUCAUUGUGGCCACCAUUGCGUUUGGAAUGGGUAUUGACAAGGCAAAUGUCCGUUUUGUCGUCCAUCACACGAUACCGAAAAGUCUGGAGGGUUACUAUCAAGAGACUGGCCGAGCUGGUCGAGAUGGCAACAAGUCAGGUUGUUAUCUGUACUACGGCUAUGGUGACACGGCUUCCCUGAAACAUAUGAUCGACAACGGUGAUGGCAGCUAUCAGCAAAAAGAGCACCAGAAACAGCUUUUGCGGAGUGUUGUUCAGUUUUGCGAGAAUCGCAGUGACUGCCGCAGGAUGCAAGUUCUUGACUAUUUCAACGAAAGGUUCGAUCCGAGAGAUUGCCGGAAUGGGUGCGACAAUUGCGCCUCUUCUAGCACGUUUGAAACCCAUGACUUUUCUGAGCAUGCCAAGAAUGCAAUACGUCUUGUUCAGAAAGUUCAUCGUGAUGAGGUUACCGUGUUGCACUGUGCUGACGUGUAUCGCGGAGCAAAACCAAACAAGAAAAUGCUCCAUUGCGGACACCACAUGCUCCCUCAAUAUGGUUUGGGUUCCGACUUGGCCAGGGGCGACGUUGAGCGCCUUUUCUACCGGCUCAUAAGUGAAGACGCCCUGCUGCAAUACAAUAAGAAAAACGAUGCUGGGUUUUCCACACAGUAUGUCAGGGUUGGUCCAAAGUCUCGCGAUCUGAUGGAAGGCCGACGACCCUUGAAGAUCCAAGUUUUGGUUUCACCACGCCGCAAGCCAAAAACCAACGGCCCUGCGCAGAAGAGCCGAACUAAGGCGAACGGGAAAAGCAACAAGACUCCAAUCGAUGAAUACCCAGCGUCUACGAAUGUCUCCUCGCCGCUGCAACCCCGGUCUCGUCGCAAACUGGUCCGGCGAGAUCAGCUAUGUGAUUCGUCGGAGGAAGAGUGUGCUGGUCAAACCAGUGAGGACGAAGACUAUUUUGUCUCCCAUCGCGACAAGGAAAGACCUCCUCUAGGUCCGCCGAUCACGGCCGACGAUGACAUAGGCUCCCUCAACCAGAUUCAUCAGCACAUCUUAGAAGACUUUGUGGAGAAAGCGAAAAGGGAGAUCGAACGUCAGGUCAUUGCCAAGGAUCUCCGACAGAAGCCCGUCACCGACCGGAUCUUACGACAGAUCGCCAUCCAAUUUCCGCAAAGCGAAGAAGAACUCCAAGAAAUGACUGGGCUGAACCCCGAAAUGUUCCGGCUGCUGGGACCACCAUUGCUCCGUUUGAUCACGGCAGCUUACGACAAUUAUGAAGCGAUGAUGCGAGCGCAAGAAGGACGGCCCGACGAUCCGAACCAUCAAACCGUAGUAGAAAUCAGCGACGAUGAUGGCGAAGCAGAAGUAUUCUCACAGAGUGAUUCGGAGCCAGACGAAUCUGAGAACAGUCACUACUUCAGUGUCCCGGACCAAGUGCGUCAGUUCAAUGAGCAGAGUAAGCGAACUGGCCUAACCAAGCUUUGUCCACCGGAUCUGCUAACAGGUGCUCAGUGUCCCAGUUACCUUCCUUUGAGCCCAAAGCUUCGCAAGGCAGAUCUUCGCCCAAGCCACCCAAGGCUCCACAAGGCAGGUCGAAACGAGCGCAGUCGAAAUCCAGGUCGGGAUCAUGGAGUCGACGUGGAUCCCGUGGUUCCAGGCGUGGUGGAGGCAGCACCAGAUCAAAGACGAAAGGAACUGGCGGAGUCGCAAGGAAGAAAAAGAGCGAUUCCAGUGCUCGCUCAAGUACCAGCACAGCUGGCCUCAGUAGCUAUGUGUACAAGGGUGACAAAAGUGAACGCGGUGGGGGUGGGAUCGGGAUGA